AUGCCUUCAGCUAUUGUCACUGGUGCUACCGGAAUUACCGGGAGUGCGAUCGUGCAUCACCUUCUCAAAGAUGGAUCUUACGACAAGAUUUACUCGUUCUCUCGCAGGAACCCUGGGUAUCAAGACCCAAGAAUCCAGCAUGUUACCCUUGACCUUCAAAGCUCAGCACAAGAUAUGUGCAAAGCCUUGCAAGGCGUUUCCGCCGAGUACAUAUUUUUCUGUGCCUACUUGGCUUCAGACGACCAAGAAGAGCUGUCGCGGGUGAAUGAAGCGUUGCUUCUCAAUUUCCUCGAAGCCCUUGAGCUCAAUGGGGCUGCGAGCAAGAUUCAACGCUUUGUUCUCACCUGCGGAUUUAAGCAGUAUGGCGUGCACAUUGGACCCGGAAAGCAGCCUCUACUUGAAGAUGACCCUCUCCUGGAGAAUGAUGCGGGGGGAGUUUCCUGGCCGCCAAUUUUCUACUAUCCUCAACAGCGGGUCCUGGCCAAUGCGGCCAAGAAAGGCGGCUGGGAAUGGGUUGCUACACUACCAGAGGACGUUCUUGGAUAUGCCCGAGGCAACUUUAUGAAUGAAGCAACGGCCCUUGGGCUUUAUUGUGCUAUUAGUAAAGUUCUCCCUGGCUCGGAGCUGCCGUUUGUUGGGUGCAGGGCGAACUAUUUCGCAUUCAAUUGUUGGACAACAGCGAAUCUCCACGCCAAGUUUUGCCUUUGGGCAGCCCGUGCGCCGGGUGCAGGAAAUCAGAUCUUCAAUGUCAUGAACGGCGAUACAGAGUCCUUCCAGAACUUGUGGCCGCGUAUGGCUGCUCGGUUCGGAUGUCACAUUCCUGACCCCAUGUUUCCCAACGGUGGUAUUCCCGAUACCAAGGGAUUCAAGAACUAUGAGUCAUCCACAAUUCGACUCGAGAACAAGCCUCCUCUCAAGGCUUCUGCCUCGGCACUAGGUCUGUCUACAGAUCCAGCUGCUGAGAGCUCUCCUAUUCUGUUCUUGCAGGUUGAUCCGGAGAAGUGGGCAAAACGAGAGGAUGUCAACAAGGCAUGGACUCAGCUUCGGGAAAAGUAUAGCCUUGACCAACAGGCAUGGGAGAAAGCAACUUGGGACUUUUUGACUAUGACACUGGGUAGAGAUUGGAGCUGUGUGGGGAGUAUGAGUAAGGCAAAGAAGGAAAUUGGGCUGGACUGGGUAUGCCGACACUUGGGAUGA